GAAUUCCUCACCCCGCUACCCCUCCUCCUCGUUUCCCUUCCGUCGCAUGCGGAACGCCGUUGGGGAGGGGAGAGACCCUGCAACUGCAAUGCGCGAUGGCGGAGGGUAUUCUUUUCAAUUGUCGCGCCAAACUCAGGGUCUCUGGGGGCUCAGUCGGGGGCACUUUCGAGAGAAUAAUGGUGUAGCUUGAGCGCGCGUGUCCGAGACAGAGAGCUAGUAGUUAUAAACUAUUCAGUCGGGUUUUUGGCGGAUCCGUUGUUGUCUAGUUGGAGCGAGCGCAUUGAGAUUGAGUUUCGGGUCAGAAGUAUAAUGUGAUGGUUUCGGUGAAGAUACGUUUGGAACGGGUGGAUUGGUGACGCAGAUCGGAGACGAGGAGGGAGAGGAAGAAGAUGUAGUGGCUGUGGUGAGCUCGACGUCCGGGUUUGAUCGAUUAGGUGCGGAGAGGAGACUGCAUUCACAGAUGCAUUAUGCCUAUGCUGUUUUACAUGAGUCGGAUCUAUUCCUGCAUGGACUCGUGUCGAAGCAUCGUGUAUGAGAAGGUUUACGACAUUCAACAAGCCAAAGGGUUCAGGGUGUGAGGAGCGAUAGUGGAGGUGGCGGUAUGAGAAACUAAUCCGGAAGGUUGUCCGAGUUUAGCGUCGUUGAGAGAUCGGGGGAAUGGUGAGGAGGUGGUAGUGAACGUUGGCAUUUGGGACUAGAGUGCCAUACUUAGGCUGAGGAACUUGAGGUUGAGAGAUGCUGAACAUCUAGUAUCAUGGUCGCGAAGCCCAUGUCGCUGUUGUCGAAGAGUGUUGGUCAUGGGGAUCGGGUAUUGCCAAGCAGGGACAGGGACGGGAGUAUCGGCAACGGCGCGCGGGCGCCGUUGGUUAGGAAGACGCGGUCUUUGAAGGCCCGGAGUCCGGAGCGAGGAGAAUCUGAACGAGCGCCGGGUAAUUUGAGUAGCACCCCUACUCCGAGAAUCCGUAACGUUACCCGUCACAUUACGUUGGAACACCAGCAGUUGAGUAGGUUGAGAGAUGCAGACACAGGGGAGAAUGUGGGCCGCCAUACUACGCUGGAAUAUUCACAGUUGAAUCGGACGAAAGAUGUGGAGGCAGGGGUGAAAUUUGAGGGCCGCCAAACCAUCUCAGAAUUCUCACAGCUGAGUCGGAACCUUAAAGAUGUGGAUUCUUCAGGAGGGAAAUUCGAGGCCCGGUAUGUUUCUGCGGAACAUCAAUCACCGAGUCGGAACUCAAGAGACUCGAGAGAAUCAGUGGAUUCAACAGGGAACAGAUUUGAGAGCCGGCAUACUCAUGCAGAACAUCAGCAGUCGAAUCGGAACUCAAGAGAAUCCGUCGAUUCAACACGAGGUAAAAUCGAGGGGCGGCAUAUUCCUUUGGAACACCAGCAUCCAAGUCGAGUCCUGAAGGUUAUGGAUUCAGCAGGAGAGAAAUUCGAGGGCGAGGACACGGCGCCGAAGAUCGUGAACACACCCUGGGAAGAUGGGGUGCAUGAUCCCAGCCUGCAUUCACGGAUGAUACUGAGCCUGGGCGGAGGCGUGCAAAUGAAGUGGACGGCUACGCAGCACUUGGAUCUGCAGCCGGCACAGCGGUCCGGCACCCCAGCUGCGCAGCCUCAUUGUGCUGCGUUUCAUCCCACAUUGCCGUUGAUUGCCGUAGCCGUGGGCAGGAAUAUCAUAGAGUUUGAUGCACUGACCGGAAGCAGGUUGUCAAGCAUGAAUAUAGGGGCAGCGGUGGUGCGAUUGGCUUACAGUCCCGCUGGAGGUCAUGUCAUUGUUGCAGUACUUGAGGAUUGGACUAUCAAAUCAUGGGACCUGGACACAGAACGAACUCACAUACUCUACCCGUCAGCAGAUAGAAAAUCUGAGAAUGCAAAUGGAGGCUUUUCUGAAGUUCACAUAGCACUUACACCUGUCAAACCUUGGUUGUUUUUCGUUGCUCAUCGCCGAUUGAGUGUUAGCGUUGUUGGCAUAGACAUUGAAAACGUCAAGUCCCCUACCAAAGUGAAGAUGGACUUGAAGAAGCCUAUAACGCAGCUUGCUUGUCACCCUCGGCACCCAGUACUGUAUGUGGCAUACUCGGAUGGGAUAGUCCUAGCGUACAACAUUCAAAAUUUUGCUGUCUUAUACACCUUGCAAAUUGAUCCUACCGUGAAGUUAUCAGGAGCAGGAGCAUUUGCAUUCCAUCCAACAUUAGACUGGGUCUUUGUUGGUGAGCGAAGUGGAUCUCUCUUGGCGUGGGAUGUCUCAGCUCCAAGUCGGCCAAGUUUGAUUGGCAUCAUCUCAACAGGCACAAGUCCUAUCAUUUCAGUCUCUUGGCUCUCAAUGCUCAACAUGGUGAUUACGCUCAAUAAGGAAGGAACGGUUCAAGCAUGGCGUGCUCGGGUGGCCCCCAAUCCAAGUAAACCGCACAUGCGUGCUAACUUUUUGGAAUCUGCAGGAGUAGAUCCUUUGGAUAUUACCACAAUCCUGAUCCAAGGUGGCGGGGGUACUAUUUACCCGCUCCCUAGAAUUAUAGAUCUUCUGGUUCACCCCAAGUUGAAUCUUACGUCACUACUUUUUGCGAAUGCUGCAGCUAACCCUGAGGAAACAAGGCGAAGAGGAGGUGAUCGCGCAUCACGCGAGUCUAGAAGACAACUUAUCACGGUUCUCCAGGCUGCUCCAGCAUCAAUGAUCUGCGUGUGCAAGCUUGCUGCCACAGAGCUCCAAAGUAAUUUAUUGGUGGAAGUGGCUGACUUUCGAUUUCACCUGCACAAGUUUCCUCUACUAUCUCGGAGCGGACGACUCAAUCGCUUGGUCUUCGAGUCGCGAGACAUAAACAAAGACCACAUCAAGCUACCGCAAAUGCCAGGCGGAGCAGAAGCAUUUGAGCUUUGCAUGAAAUUCUGCUAUGGAAAGCUGGCGGAGCUGACCCCGCACAACUUGGCUGCGCUCCGAUGCGCAGCCGAGUAUCUGGAGAUGACGGAGAGUUUGGAGAAGGGAAAUCUUGUCUCGAGGACUGAACAGUAUCUAAGUUACGUCAUCUUAGCAUCGUGGAAAGACUCCAUUACGGUGUUGCAGUCAUGUCAGAGAUUGCUCCCAUGGGCUGAAGAGACGGAGCUUGUGAAACGGCUUAGUGAAAGUGUGGCAUGGAAGGCUUACACCGAUCAGCAAGGGAUCAAGCAUUCGUUCACGAGCACCUCCUAUGUGCCGACGACGACGCAGCACGUCCCUCAUGACUGGUGGGUAGAGGACGUGAUUCAGCUAAAUUUCAGUGCCUUUAGGAAAGUAAUAAGCGCUAUGACAGCCAAAGGUAUGGCGUAUACACUGGUGGGCUCGGCAAUUGCACAGUAUGGCACUCGAUGGAUUCCUGGAGUUGGAAAGAAAAACCGGAAGCAUCAUCAAGAGCCGAACAGGGACAUUCCAGGACAUCAUCUGACUGGGAAGGAAAUUGUACUUCGAGACGAACAGAAUUAUUGGCAGAGCCUGGACCAAGCCGAAAAUCGAGCAUUGGUGGAAGGCGUGGCGUCCAUAUUGCCGCCGCAGCAGGACGCCGUUUCCUGCAGCUUUUUGUUGAGGUUGCUGCGAGCAGCAUGUGAGUUUGGCGCUCGUGCUCCCUGCCGAGAAGAUCUAGAGAGACGUGUGGGUUUGCAGCUGGAGCAUGCAUCAUUUAGCGAUCUUCUCAUUCCUUCUUCUCAUCCAGCUAGUCUGACGAUGUAUGAUCUCGAUGUUGUCCAACGCAUUCUCGAGCAAUUCCUGCUCAAGGACCAGACUGGUGUGGCCAGUCCGAAGGCAAGCGUGAAGUAUGACAAGCAACUUUCCAUCUUCGAGAAUGUCGUCAGUAAACCGCCGCCAACUCCGAAUAUAAGCAAAAGCAAAGUUGCUAAGCUUAUGGACGCGUACCUCGCCGAAGUCGCAAGGGACGCGAACCUUCCACUGGCGAGAUUUCAGAACUUCGCAGAGUCAGUGCCCCAAUUCUCGCGGUCGACAGAUGAUGGAUUGUAUAGAGCGGUUGAUACAUAUCUUAAGGCCCAUCCCACCAUGACAGAGCACGAGCGCAAGAAACUGUGUCGUGUGAUGGAUUGUCAGCGACUUUCCCUGGAAGCGUGUCUGCACGCUGCACAGAAUGAACGUCUUCCUCUUCGGGUCGUUGUUCAGGUAUUGUUCAGUGAACAAAUCAAGCUUCGUAACUCAAUCACAGGAAACACUCCUAAGAAAUCACACGAUGGUAGCGGGCAUCCUUCCAUUUCAGAUUUCCAGGUCGGGGAGAAAAGCAUGGGUGGCAGGCUGUACGAUUCAGAUGCCGUAGAUGGGCUUUCUCUUCACGAGAGCUGGCUCGCCGCUCGACAGGACAUCAAGUACCUCAAACAAGACAUGGAGAGGAUGAAAGCCAAAUACGCCGAUCUCGAACACGGUUUCCUGCUCCAACAGGUCGAAAGGAAGCCGAAACCAAAACCAUCCUCUUCUUCGGCGUGGACAUCAGGGUGGCGAAAGAUGAGCAGCUCUCUGAAGCGUCCCAACCUGUUUCACUCUUCCAAACAGGAGUAUGAGUAUCAUCACAAGGACGACGGAUCCACCGCACCCACCAACCUAGAAUUCGGCGAUGGUACCCGCGAGUCCUCUUUUCCUUCCAGGUCCAUUCCUGGUGCCGAUCAGCGCAGGCGGUCACAUUCGCUGACGUCGGUUCAAAGAUGGAGGAACUCCAUCUCAUAACACCAGUUGACACCAGUAGCGUGCUUCUCUGCACAGAGCUGGUGGUCCUGCGGAUUGAUUGACUCACAAACAGACAGGCACACUGACAGACAGACGCAGUCUGACUGUCAACUUACAGACUCGACUGAUCUGGUGGCUGCGAGUGCUCAGGUGUAGAUCACAGUCUCGGCGAAUUGUAGCAACUGGCGACGGCCAGACUUCGACUACAGUGCUACCACACCAUUGACUGCAGCUGCUCGGCUCCGCGAGCUGCAACAAUCCAAGAGUUCCUGUCGAGACAGUCGGGUUAUUUCAGUGUAUAUUAUUGAGUUUGGCUGGCAGACAGGGAAGCUGGCAUGCUGCUGUAUUGCAGGAACCGAAUCGAAGUAUCAGCACAAACAUCCCCAGCAGCUUCCGGAUGCCGCUUGCUGUGUACUCACCCUGAUAUAGUGAUCGUCACUUUCCGGAUCCAUGGACAAUAGUGAAGACAAACAGUUUCGGCGUUUUUCUCAGCUGGUGACUGUACUGGUGAGGUUGAAAGGAGCGAACUGGGAGGUCAUUGCGCAUAAUAAACCAAUCAUGUAAUGUGUUCUUGCAUGAUUCAUUACUUUUUUAUUUGA